AUGAUGCAGGUGUGGGAUGACAAGCAGUGGCUGCAGAACUUUCAGAUGUGCGAAGCCACCUUCCAGGAUCUGUGCCCUAUCUGUUCUGACCUCCCAGAUGCCUCGUGGUUUCAAACCUUCUGCCAGUUUGCACAUUAUCGCUGCUCCAACCGCAAGUACUACACCAAGCGGAUCCUGUGUCCUGAUAUGGCUCCCACCAAAGAACCUCGUGCCCAAGGAGAGGUGUCUGAUACCAUGGGCUCCUGGGCAAAAAGCAACUGGUCUUCCCGUGCUGGGUCCACUAGCGAAGCAGCGCUGGGUCAGGCAGACCCCAGACCCAUGAGUCAGACUACCCUGCUGCAUCCUGACAUCCGCCUUCACUCCAAUGUCAACACUAUUCUGAAAUAUGCCUAUGCUGUCUCGGGCCAGGAACCAGUGAUCAGGAGGCACAUCCCAGGUGUGCUGACCCAGAGAAAUCUCAAGCCUGGAGGGGACCCAGAGCUGGCAGGCCCCCUGAAAGUCCAGCCAGUCACAGCCACCCCUGAAACUUCCCCGUCAACCAUAAGACCCAGUAUCAAGACUGGAAGGGCAACAGAGCAGCACAUGCAGAAGAGCAUCCAGCAGCUGAUCAACUCAGCUCUCUCCUUGGAGGGCUCUCCGGAGAUGGAGACCACUCAGGUGCCCCUAGGCACUGCACCAGAUUGGAAGGGCUCAUUCAGCAGUGCCCAGGAAGGGAUCCCAGAUGCAAGCAGCAGUGGCAGCCUCUUAGCUCUGGAGAGGGAUGAGGCUCUGGUGAUUCUCUGCUAUGCAAUGCUGGAGGGGAUCUGCCUAUCAUCAGCCAUUACCCAGGCUUGGAAGCGAAUGGAGGCAAGAACCCUUGGAUUUGGGGAUUCGGUGUGCGAUAGUCUUGGAAGGCACCACAUGGAUCUAUGCCCUGACUGUGCCUUCUGCUCACUGAAGAGGGAGCAGUGCCAUGGGGUGUCAGAUCUGAGACGUGUUCACUGCAAUGUUGGCACCUUCACUACCUACAUCAACCCUGAGAUCUCUGCCCAGUAUCAGGCUGUGGGCAAUAAGGUUGGUUCCCUGGAGGCAAUGGGGUAUUAUGGGAUGGAGGUGUACGGAGGGCUGCGUGCAGAUUAUUGGUGUGGCCGCCUGGCCACGCACGGCUGUGAUGACCCCCGCGUGAUCCUUUGGCUGCAAGUGGAAUAUGCUUUCUUCCAAGGAGGAGACUUCCCAAACAAAAUCUGUGACUCAGAUAGAGUUCAGCACCCUAAUUACUGUGCAUUCAAGAGUCACCAGUGCCUACAGCGCAGCCUCAGCAGCCAGAAGGUGCUUCGUCAUGGUUGCCGCAGGAAUGAGACAUACCAAGUGCUGAGUGAAGAGAAAGGCGAGGAGGAGGUGCUGCUCUGGAGCCAGAAAUUCUUCAGCUUGACUGAGGGAUGA